AUGCCAUCACCACCAGUUGAUGUGAAACCACCUUCCCAUAAAUCUCCUAAGACACCACAUCCAUCGCCUCCACCGCCACCCACAGAUAAGACUAUGCCAUCACCACCAGUGGAUGAGAAACCACCUUCCCAUAAAUCUCCUAAGACACCACAUUCAUCGCCUCCACCGCCACCCACAGAUAAGCCUAUUCCAUCACCACCAGUUGAUGUGAAACCACCUUCCCAUAAAUCUCCUAAGACGCCACAUUCACCGCCAUCCACAUCGUCGUCAAAUCAUUUGGUGAAACCGUCGCCCGUACAGAAGCCUGCACAAGCUCCGCACCAUCCAUCGACGCCCAUACAUAAGCCUAGUCCAGCUCCGCACCAUCCAUCACCGCUAGAUGAGGGGAAAUCGUGGGUUAAUGUUAGAGACCCUCCUAUAAGUAAUCCAAAGCAUCACCACGUGAUGCCGCCAUCACCAUCCGUUUACUAA